CCCGACUCGAUCAAUCCAUCAGCCAUGGUGUCCUGUCCUAUCUGCGCAAAGAGCGUCAGGGAAAUCAACAUCAACGCCCACAUCGACUCCAAUUGCCAGAAAUUCAUCGACGAGCCCUUCUCGAGCCAAGGCGACUCCGCAUCUUCCCAGAAGAGCACCCCGGUUGCCAGUUUCUUUCAACCUUCCUCUGCACGCAAAGCUAGCACAGCCCAGCCUCCGGCCCCAUCGACCCCAUCUCACAGCAAUGGUGUCAAAGGAGCGCUAUCGACUCCGCUACAAGAUGAUCUCAAACGGAAACGACCAGAGGCCGGACCCAUCGAGACUGAAAUAGACGCAGUCCCGAAACGACCAAAGGCAAAUGCAAUUCAAAGAGCGGCUCCCUUGGCCGAGCGAAUGCGGCCGAAGAAUCUUGAUGAAGUCUGUGGACAGGAUUUAGUCGGUCCUAAUGGUCUUCUACGGUCGCUGAUCGAGCAAGACCGAGUGCCUAGUAUGAUACUAUGGGGUGGUGCGGGGACUGGAAAGACAACCAUUGCCAGAGUAGUUGCUGCUAUGGUCGGCAGCCGUUUUGUGGAGAUCAACAGUACGACAAGCGGCGUUGCCGAGUGCAAGAAGAUAUUUGCUGAAUCACGAAGCGAGCUGAAUUUGACUGGUCGAAAAACGAUACUCUUUUGCGAUGAGAUCCAUCGUUUCUCCAAGUCCCAACAAGAUGUGCUCCUUGGCCCCGUGGAAAGUGGUGUGGUGACUCUGAUUGCUGCUACUACCGAAAACCCAAGCUUCAAGGUUCAGAACGCCCUAUUGUCCCGAUGCAGAACAUUCACGCUUGAAAAGCUCACCGAGGAUGACAUAACUUCCAUUUUAAAACGUGCCUUGGCGACUGAGGGCCCGAGCUAUUCCCCGUCCGAACUCGUUGAUGAUGAAUUGAUUCACUACCUUGCCACAUUUUCUGACGGCGACGCCAGAACAGCUCUCAAUUUGUUGGAGCUGGCGAUGGGUUUAUCGACACGGGAUGGCAUGACGACAGACACUUUAAAGAAAUCGCUGACAAAGACGUUGGUUUAUGACCGAGCUGGUGAUCAGCAUUAUGACACUAUCUCGGCUUUCCACAAAUCAAUCCGUGGAAGCGACCCCGACGCUGCGCUGUACUAUCUCGGACGCAUGAUUCAAUCUGGAGAGGACCCACUGUAUAUUGCACGUCGCUUGAUUGUUGUCGCGUCGGAGGACAUUGGUUUAGCCGAUAACAGUAUGUUAACACUUGCAAUCUCGGCUCACAGUGCCGUCGAAAAGGUCGGCCUGCCUGAAGCCCGGAUCAAUUUAGCACAUGCUACUGUGGCCAUGUCGCUUGCGAAAAAGAGCACAAAGGCAUACCGCGGGCUCAACAACACCUAUGCGGCAUUAGCGGAACCUGGAAUAGCAAGCUUGCCGAUUCCAUUACACCUACGCAACGCGCCAACACGAUUGAUGAAGGAGCUUGGCUAUGGCAAAGAGUACAAAUACAACCCUAACUAUAAAGAUGGCAAAGUUGCUCAAGAGUACCUGCCGGAACAGCUGCGAGGACAAAUCUUCCUUGAAGACGACGACCUUGGCCAGAUGGAAGACCCGGAUCUUGCUAGGUAGAAUGCCUAGCUGGACUGUUAUUGUGAUAUUAUUUUCCAGCAAAGGAUGUGUUGUGAUGGAGCGAAGCGCAGAGAAAUAAGCAUGUGGGGUCGCGCAAUCGUGGCGGCGACUUUGAACUGUGUACAUCUGCCAUUUCGGAAACCACGCGCGCGCAGGCCCAGAUGAGCAGCAUG